ACCCCCCCCCCUCUCUUUUGCCUCAGCCUUCACUACCCUUUACUACUGUUUGUUAUCUACCUGACCUCGUACAUUGCACUAGAAGGUGCAAGAAAUUCGUAGGGCCAACGUCUUAAAAUAUUGCACAUGCAGGAAGCAAAAGAAUGAUUAAUGAGCAUUAGAUCCAAGUGCAUUUAUAUCCUUGGUCAUCCAGACUUCAGUUAUUUGCAUCGUCAGAAACACUUUGUGAUUUCUAGGCCAGUUCACAUCGAAAGACGUUUUCAUCACUGGGACCGAUCGAGCUACAGAGGAUAUCAUUCUACUGCUGCCAUGGAAGGAGUGUUGCCACCACUUGAUUCUGGAAAGCUUAUUGCAAAUAACAGCAAGGAUGUUUCAAUAGAUAACAGCGGGGUAUCCUCUGUGGCCCAUCUGGUUGUGGAUUUAGCGAAGAAAGGAGAAUUUAGCGUUAAGAUGUGGAAGGAGCAUCCUCUUAAUCCAAAGACUAUGGAUGAGGCAGCAGUCAAAUGGGUAUUUCUGGCUGAUACAUUGAAUUUUUCCUUCUGGUCUGCCUCAGACGAGGAGAAAUACAUGGUCCGUUAUGGGGGUUCAGAUCACACUGGUUACUGGUCACUUUGUGCUGCUAUCAACCGAGCAUUAGAUAAAGGAAUACCUAUUACAGACCCAAGCUUUUAUGCUAGCAUUUCAAGAGAGACAUUUACUCAAUUGUUUUACUCUGAUUCUCCCUAUGAAAUGCCAAUGAUAGAUGAGAGAGUCAAAGUUCUUCAAGAAGCUGGCACUGUUCUUAUGCAGAAAUAUGGUGGAAGCUUUGUCAACUGCAUCAAGGAGUGUGAUAAAAGUGCACAAAGUCUCAUGCGGCUCGUUUUGAAAGACUUUCCUGCAUACAGGGACAUAGCAGAUUUUAAUGGAAAGAAAGUUGCCUUUUACAAGCGAGUCCAGAUUCUGAUUGCUGAUAUAUGGGGUGCAUGUGAAGGAAAAGGACUGGGAGAGUUCCAUGAUAUUGACACUAUAACAAUGUUUGCAGACUACAGGAUUCCUCAAGCUUUGGUCUAUUUUGGAGCUCUGAAAUACUCCAAGGAACUCAUGGAGCUGCUUCAGAAAGACACUCUUCUUAAGUCUGGAGACAGAGUGGAGAUGGAGAUCCGGGGCUGUAGCAUCUGGGUAACAGAGCUGAUCUGUCAGGAGGCGCGCAAAUUACUUGAUGCAGAAAAAAAGUCUUCCGGUGCUGAAAUGAAUGCCAUCCUUAUCGACCACUACCUAUGGGACUACCGGCGGGAUCAUGCUGCUGAAAUGGCCGAUAUUCCAUUCCACAAAGUCCGCUGCAUUUACUACUGAAAUUUGUCAAUUGUUUAUAUUUAGUUAAAGAAUCAUUCAUAUACAGUUGUAGUAAGAGCUGCUCAUAAUCGUCUUGCUUUAGAGCACAAACACCCACACACGUGUCAUGGCUGCUUCUGAUACUAAUUUGGACUUAUGUCUCAUACAGUUUUCUGAAUAGGAUAACCAAGUUAUGCCAGAGGUAGGAAGGUCUAAUUAAUACAUGGGGACUCUUGAAUCACAUCUAUAACCAGAAAUCAUAUGUGCCUACUUUCUGUAAAUUUAUUGGGGAAAAGUUUUAAUGAUGACAUUCUUCCCAUUGUCUUCAAAAAAGUUCUUUUUUUACCAUUCACCAGAAGUGUUCUUAUAUCUAGGCAUUGUCAAUAUGCUCUUUUGGAAAUGUCCCUUGCUGCUUCUCUUCUUACUGUGAAAGUGUUAUGCUGAGUGUUAUUGUCAAUAUCUGUUAAUAGUGACAUGGCAUGUGGAUGGCAGAAAAUUGUCUUCUUUUCAGUAUCAUCUAUCCUAGUCGAUACUACUCUAGUCUGUGCAUUAAGAAGCUUUGUCAUAAAAGUUUUAUAUUCCAUGAGCUAGUCUUUACUUAUAUGUAAACUGCUCAGGGCAUUUACAGCUUUGAUGCUUAAACAAAUUCCAAUUUUUAAGACGAAGAGAAGACACUAUUGUCUUUCUCAUUCAAGGCAUGUCUAUAGAAUAAUAAUAAAAAAAAUAUUAUUUGACUAUUUUUUUAAAAAGAGUUUUGAAAGGUUGUCUUGGAAUAUGAGAGUAAUGCGCUACAGGCAAUCUCAUUUUAUGUUGCCUUUUACA